AUGAAGGACCCCUUCCCACUCGCUCCGCCGCCCGCCCUCAUCAACCUCACGCAACCACUCGCCGACUUCCUCUCCCUACCCACUCUUCCUCUGCAUAUCCACGAAGUCAUCUUCGCUUUCGCCCUCUACACAUGGAUCGGCGCCGUCGUCUCCCCCUUCCUCUCGCGUCGCUUUUGCCCUGAGAAGUACAAUUCUCUGAACAAACGCACGCGCGUGAACUGGGAUGUGCAUGUCGUGAGCUUCUUCCAGAGCAUCAUUGUCUGCGUCAUGUCCUUUUACGUCAUGUUCUAUGAUGAGGAGCGGAAAGCGGUGCGGCCGCGAGAGAGAUGGGAAGAGCGAGUGUGGGAGUAUACGGGUUGCGGCGGAAUGCUGCAGAGUUUCGCGCUGGGCUACUUUUUGUGGGAUUUCAUCYAGUGUUCGUGGCAUUUGGAGAUUUUCGGAUGGGGCAUGUUGGCGCAUGCCGUUUCUGCGCUGUCGGUGUUUGCGCUGGGCUACCGGCCCUUCAUCUACUUCUACGCACCCGUCUUCCUUCUCUACGAGCUCUCCUCGCCCUUCCUGAACAUUCACUGGUUCUGCGACAAGCUCAACCUCACUGGGAGCAUCUACCAAGCCAUCAAUGGCGCCUUCCUCACCGGAACGUUCUUCGCCUGCAGGAUCAUCUGGGGAAACAUCAGUAGUGUCUAUGUUUUCAUGGACGUCUACCGCGGAUUUCGCUACGGUAACAGCAGUGUCCGGUUGGAAGAAGGCGGUGGGAUGAAAUCCGGCGUUGCGGGCGUGACCAGCGUCCCCGGCAGAUCCUACACCACCGCGGAUCUCCUACAAAUCUACGGCGACGAGCAAGGCCAGAGAUAUGCCUUUGUGGGAGAAGACCAUGUCCCACUCGCUCUGGCAUUGACCUAUCUCGCUUCGAACCUCGUUCUCAACUCCCUCAACAUCUUCUGGUUUGGCAAAAUGGUGCAGACGAUUCGAAGUAGAUUCGAUCCACCAAUCGGGACGAAAGGCGCGAGUACCAAGGAAGUGCACUAUGAACCUGUGGAGAAGACGGAGGAGAAGGCGAGACAAUCCGAGGCGAGAGAGGCAAUUGAGCGGGCGAAGCGUGAGGGCAGAGCCGCCGCUGCCGCUUCACCCGAGAAGAAGCAGGGCAAUAUUACAGCUGCUCGGGAGCGUGCCGAGGCUGUCUUGGCUGCUGCUCCAGUGGCGGUUGAUGCUGCUGCUGAGUUGCAAAGAGCUACUUUCACUGACGUCAAUUCGAGCGCGGAGAUUGAGGGGAAGAGAACGCUGCGUACGAGACGGAAGGCUUAA